AUGAAGCCCGACGUCAAAUUUCUAGAUCCGAAGGCUCCGGUGGCCAUCAAAGUGCAAGCCGCCAUCAAGAAAGGAGACUCGGAUACCCUGCAGCAGCUACUCGACGAGCAGCCAGGUCUGGCAACCAUCCGCAUCGGUGACGCCUCCGAAGCACGCUCUUUGUUGCACACCGCGACAGACUGGCCAGGUAAAAUCCCCAAUGGACCGAAGAUUAUCAAAAUACUCGUGGACGCUGGCGGGGAUGUAAACGCAACAUUCAUUGGCCGGCAUACCGAGACGCCUCUCCACUGGGCGGCGAGCAACGACGAUGUGUUAGCCCUCGACAUGUUGCUCGAUCUUGGUGCAAAUAUCGAGGCUGAGGGAGGAGUAAUUGGCGAUGGAACACCAUUAGCCGAUGCGAGGGCCUUUCUCCAAUUGAACACGGCUAGAAGGCUCGUGGAGCGUGGUGCAAUCGUGGACCUACAAGACGCUGCGACUCUCGGACUAAUGGACCAUCUCGAGAAGGAAUGUGUAGCACAGCCUGGACCACAGCAGGAAACCAUAAACAUGGCAUUCUGGAACGCUUGCCAUGGUGGACAGCUCCCUGCAGCCAAGUUCCUUUAUCAACAGGGCGCCGAUGUGAAUUACAUCCCCCCAUGGGCCGACAACACGCCACUGGCUGAAGCGAAAAGCACAGGAGACGAUGGACUACUCUCAUGGCUCAAUAGUAUUGAAGCCCAAGCUUGA